AUGCUUUCUUUGAAAAAGUCGAGAAGUGCGAGCAGGAACCCACGCUCAUCACUAUCAUCUAAUCAAAGGAGAAAAUCGCUGCUGUCUUCCUCGUCCUUGGCUGUCAAUAAAAUUUCCGAGGAACUUCUGUACGACAGUUUUUCAUACUUAUUUCAACAAUGCGACAAUCCUCGAGCUCGAAACGAUUGUCGAGUGAACAAUUUUUUGAGACGCAAUCGGGAGUGCGCAUCUUCUGUAUUGAAGAUCCGUCUCUCACCGGAUGACUUCGACGUCAAAAAAAUCAUCGGAAAUGGGAGAUAUGGAGAAGUUCAGUUGGUAUCACAUCGUCGGACUGACCAGCUAUUCGCCAUGAAAGUAGUUUCGAAGUCUUUCCUGCGUCCAGAUUCUACGGCCUUAUAUGUUGAUCAAGAAAGGGAAAUUAUGGCUGCGACUCAGUCGGACUGGCACAUUAAAUUGCAUUUCGCAUUUCACGACUCGCUAUCGGUGUAUUUGGUCAUGGAUUAUCAUCCUGGUGGGGAUCUUCUUCAACUGUUGGUGAAUAACGCGGAAAUCUUCAAAGAAAUCGAAUCCGUUCGCUUUUAUGCCGCUGAGAUUAUCAUGGCUAUAAAUGAUUUGCAUAAACUGGGCUAUAUUCAUAGGGAUUUGAAGCCAGAAAAUAUCCUAAUCGAUCGUUCAGGACACUUGAAGCUUGGAGAUUUUGGCUCCGCAGCCCGCAUAGAUUCUGCAACUGGAGCUGCGUGUUCAUCAGAUCCACAGGAUUGUGGGGAUUGUCCAUUUGGAACCCCGGAAUAUACUGCUCCUGAGUUGUUGGAUUCUUCCAGCAAGCUGACAGCUUCCAAAAGUUCCGUAAAUUUCCGCAAACUUUCUGAAACAGCGACUCCCUACGUUCCAACUUUGACCAGUGACUUGGACACGUCUCAUUUUGACGAAUGUUCCAACCGACCUAACUCGACCAGUAUGCAUUUUUCAUCAUUUUCCGAUGGAACCGAUACUGCGCGAGGUGUGAUGCCGAUGGAUUUGAAUGAGCUGAAUUUUGUUGGAUUCAGCUACAGCCGAUCCGAGGAAGAUGGGUUAGAUUUUACCGAUUCUGAUUUAAUUUGGAGCGAAAACUUCACCCUACAAUUUUUCAGUGAUGAAGCGAUCAUACAUGCUCCAAAAGUGCAUCAGUCGUGCCAGACGCUCGAAUGGAAUGCUUCCUCGUGUGGAGAAUCUGAUUGGGAAAGGAAAUUCAAAACGCUGGAGGAAAAAUAUCUAACGUUGCUGCGCAAAAGUGAACGUUCACAAUCAAGCGACAGCUUUUUGAAAGAACAAAUCGCUGCGAAGGAAAAGCAACUUUCGGAUGCGAAGAAGCAAUUGGUCGUGGAGAGAGAAACUCGUGUUUCGUCAGAGGGCAAAAUGAUGCAGCUUAUGGAUGACAUAAAAAAGAAAUGGCAGCGACAGGAAAAAGCGAAAAUCGAGGCUUUGGAAAGCCAGUUAAACGAGCGAGACGCUGAAAUCGAGAAGCUGAAGGGAAAUUUGCACCGUGUGCGGCAAAUAAUGUUGGAGUCAACCGCUCUCGGAGAAGAAUCCAUGGCUUGCAUCAGUAUCCUGGAAGACCCUAUCCCGACUGACGGCAAAUUGGAUACAAUUUUUGAAGAACCAACAAUUGCGUCAAGCUCGGAUGAUCGAACGUAUGUCUCUGCAAAUGGUUCGCAGAGUUCCAGCGACACCUCGGCAUCAACUCACAACAAUACCGUGAAAUUUAUAUCCGAACUGCAAGAGUCAGCAAUAAUGGACACUAGUGAGACUUCCAUGAUUACGGAUAAAAACUUGCCAGCGUCCGUCGACCGUGUUUUUGACAAAAGAUUGACUGCUCUUAAAAGCGACCUCUCGGACACGGAAAAGAAAUGUGAUCGCAUGCAGGGAAUGGUUUCUUCGUUCAAAAACGAAGUGGACGAAGAGUCCGAAAAGCUGAAAUCUCAAAUCAAGGAGCUUGAUCAGGAGUUGAAAAGUCAGCGGGAAGGGUUGGAAAAGGAACUCGAGUCGAAGGAUCGGCAGAUUUUUGAACUCCGCAGAAGCGAAAGCAGAGCAAAGCUGUUGCAAGAAACGCAACAAGGAAUAAUUGAGAAGCUGAAAUCUUCAACUGGUGUUGCCACGGAUUCUGCCACACGCUUUUAUGAAAAUCAGGUCGAAAAAAUGCGAGUGAGGGUGGAGGAAUUGCUGGAAGAAGCCAUUCGAGCCAAAGAAAACUUGAGGCUUGAAGAAAGCAAAUUUGAGGCCAAAGAGAAGGAAGCUUCGAGACUGAGUCUUGACCUGAGAGUCGCUCGUCGUGAGACUAAAAAUGCGGAGGAGGAGGCGAAAUCGCUUAGAGAUCAGUUGCGAGCUCUUCGAACCUCGCAUCGGGAGGAACUUUCGGAAAUGAAAGCCUUGAAAACUCAAAUAACAUCAUGGACUGCUGAAUUGAUUGCUGUGAAAUCUUCCAUAUCGAAACUCGAAAUGGAGAAGAAGUCGCUCUUGGAGGUUCAUCAAGCGAAUUUCGAAAAGGAUACAUUUUUGCAAGAACGCGACAGCCGCAUUAGCGCUCUUGAAAAAAUGUUGCAAGAAGGUCAACACGUUCAAAAUGACUGGACAGAAUCUGUGAAUACUCUUAAGCAAGAACUUUCUGCCAAGGAGAGCAAGAUUAUAUCUUUGACAAAGAAAUGCACGCGAUUGAUGGAAGCUUGCAAACUUUCUGACCGCAAUUUGACUGAAAUCGUUGAAGAAUGCGAGAGACGUCAAAAGCAGAUAGAAUCUCUGGAAGCUAAGUGCGAGACGGCUCAGAAAAUGGAAGCUACGCUUAAAGCUGAAAUUUUGAAGACAAAAGCUGCAAUAAACGAAACUGAGAGUAAUAAAAUAUUCCACGAGAAGACCGUGAAUGGGAAAGUUAAAGAACUGGACUCGAAAUUGUCAUCCAUCGAAGGCGAAAACACGUUUUUGAAGGAGCUUUUGCGACAAGCUGAAGUUCGAGCGAACCAAGCAGAGAGACAGCUGGAAUCUUCGACGAACGAAUGCAGACGUAGUUCAGAUUUACUUGCCGACGCUGAGAGACGGAUACAGGAGCUGAAGGGUGAUCUGAAAGAAUCCGAACACGCCUUGUUGCUGCUGAGUGACGCGAAGACGAAAUUGAGUGACGAGAAGGACGCUUUCACUGCGCGGAUUUCGGAUCUUACUUCUGAAUCCGAAACACUCCGAAUUGAAUUAUCGGAAACACAGACGAACGUGGAGCAGAUGACGAAGAAACUGGAAGAGCGAGAAAAGUCCUUCCGUGACCACUCGAACCAGCUCAACUCGACCAUCGCGCAGCAAAACAAGCUCAUCGAAUACCUCCAAGCCCGUCAAGAAGAAACCGACGGGAAGAAAGACAAAAAGCAUGGGUUGGGCUCUCGAAUGCUUGGCCAUAAAACGAAAAGCCAAGAAUCCGUCUCUGCUCCCGUGACGGUGAUCCCGCGUCAGUAUCGCGAACUCACGCAAAUGGUGGAGGAGGAGAAGAGCCGUCGUAUGGCUGCAGAGCAGGAACUGGAUUCUGCUCGACGAGACCUGGCUGUGGCGAAGGGACGCCAAGUGCCGCCUGCUGUGCAUGGGACGCCCGUGGCUUCGACGCCUGUGGCUAGAAGAGCCCUGGCGCAGAUUUGCCUCCCUGCCGAGAGCACGCAGCCGACACCGCAGCGCGUCAGGCACAAUAUUCCGCACAAGUUCGCUGUCAUCACUGGGUCACUCGGCAAGAAAAUGAUGUGUUCCAGGUGCGAAAAGUCGAUCGGCUUUGGUCAGCAUGGCCUCAAAUGCCGCGCAUGUAACGUUGUCGCGCAUGCGAAAUGCGGUCCGAUUAUGAAUGACGAAACUCCGUUUUGCGGACUGACGGAGGAAAUGGUGCGAACCAUUGCCCAAUGCAGCAAGCAUAAUUCCAAAAUUGAGGAUGCUGUUGAAGCUACAGCGACGUCGAGCUCGUCGAUUGAAGUCGAAAAGCCGGACGACGAAAUCCGCGAAGGGAAGAUAAAAACCCUGAUGAAUCGGAGGGAAUGGGUUCCGCAGUGGAUCCGAGUCGAGGGGAACUUUUUGACGAUUUUCGGGCAAAAGCCGGAAAGAGAAACGGAUUUUCCGGCUGAUACGUGGGAGCUGUGUCCUUCCAACGGAAGUACAUCAUUGGUGAUUGACAUUGAUGCUGACGAGUUGCCGUCCGUGCACCCAACAGACCUGCCUUUCGUUUUCAAGUUGGAAAAGUACCACGAUAAUUACAUGUGGCCGAAAAAGGUUCUCUACUGCAUGGCCCCAUCAUUUAUCGCUCGGAACGAAUGGGUCAAGUUCCUUCAAGACGCCAUCCGGAGGCACAGUGGCGGCUGCGACGCUGGAGGCGCCGAUGUUUCAGUGAUGAGCGUUGAUGCGCGACCGCCGCGGUAUGAGUUGCUGGCGUCGGCGCCACUCGCUGCCAAAGUUGUGUGUUGCGCUCAGUCCGGCAACAAAGUCAUAUUCGGUGGACUCAAAGGAUUGUACGUCGUGGAAUUUGGGCAGAGCGAGUUCGUCAAUUUUUCCACGGGGACGCACGGCUCGGUGCACUCGGUUGAUGCUGUCGAAGUGUUGGACAUUGCCCUAGUUGUCGCUGGAAGAACGAGACAGUUGUUCAUGACAAGACUGAAUUCCUUGACGAAUGGGACGCCGUCAUCUGAAGAGGCCUUGAUUAUGGUUCCCGUGAAUGAAUUAAUGGACGUCCGUUUGGUCCGUGUUCGAGAGGCAGUGAAAGCUGAGAGCACUUUACUUUGCGUUGCUCAGAAAAAUCAUAUCAAUAUUUUACAAUGGACAGCUUCUGAAGCCGGAUUCAAGCUCCUACGACGCAUGUUGACCAAUAACUCGACCCAAUGCGGCAUGUUCUGCGAUUCCUCUUUGAUUGUAGGCAACGAGAAAUUCUACGAAAUAGACCUUGCGAACUUCUGUGUCGAAGAAUUCAUCGACGCGUCAGAUCCGUCUGUUGGUUCUUUAACGCAUACUGCUCAAAGUCAUCUUCCGCGGCCUCUCGCCGUUUUCCGUGUGGACAGGGACUUGUCCGUUAUGGACACUGAAUUUUUGCUAGCCUACGAAGACCGAGCCGUUUUCUUUGACAAAUAUGGGAGACGGUCUCGGCAUUUUGACCUGAAAUGGUCGCGAUUUGCUUUUUGCAUUGAUUAUGUGGAGCCAUAUCUGUUCGUACAAAGCCAAGGAGCCAUCGAGGUCAUCACUGUGACGAAGAAGCUUUGCUUGAGAAGUCCUGCUUCUGUGCAUCGUGUGGUGGACUACGAUCACCCAAUGGUCAUUGGAUCAUCUCUGGAGCACGUGUUCGUGUCUGUCUGGGCCAAGAAUCGAAAUGCGGAUCCUGCUGUAAAUAUGGUGGACUUGAUAGCCAUCACUGGGAAGGAUUUCAUGGAAGCGUCGUUGGAUGCUGAUGCUUCGAAGGAAAACUACAACGUGACUGUUUCCUUUUCAUCGCUGGGUGAAGCGAACGUUAGACGUCGCAGACGAUCGGCUGGUGGUCAAGCGUUCGCUCCAGCCCCCCAGCAAUUUGGAGUUGGAUCUAACCCGGCUCAGGCAUUCAAUGGUGCCCAAGGCUACGAUGCAUUUCCCGGCAUGAACGCUUAUCGAGGCAAUGGAGCAGCAGCUGGAACUCUCGAUAUGAACGCUGCAGUGAAUGGUGGAUGGGAUAAUGGCUUUAGAGCGAAGAGUGGAGCACCACGUGGCUUCCGUGGUGGAGGACGUGGAAGAGGAUCUGGAAGAGGUGGCAGAGGCGGCUUUGCAGCAACUGCACCGGUCCCGAAACCUCCACCUGUGGUUCAUUAUUGCGAAAUCUGUCGCAUUAGUUGUGCAGGAACCCUGACCUACGAAGAACACUUGAAGGGCUCCAAACACAAGAAGAAAGAAGCGGCCGCGAGUGCUGGCCCAGCUGCAGUUGUUCCGCGUGGUGGAUGUGCUUUACGUUGCGAGCUUUGUGACGUCGCUUGUACUGGAUCUGACGCUUAUUCCGCACAUAUUCGUGGAUCGAAGCAUCAGCGUGUCGUUAAACUUCACGAGAAGCUUGGAAAGCCGAUCCCAUCCCAUGAACCGACGAUAAUUUUAAACAAACCUAGCGCUGAUGGUUCAUCGAUGGAAACGGAUUCUGGAUCAGGCUACGGUGCGGGCAUAAAGAUCAAAACUUUGAACGAUUUCGACCCUAGCAAUAUUCAGGUGGUCGAAACCCCGUCUGGGGAGAAAGUUGGGAUCCCGAAACUUCCCGAUGAACAAGACGCUGAACCAGUCGGCAUGGACUAUAUCGAAGAUAUGAAGGGCCCUGGAGAUAAAGUUAUUGGCUACAAGUGCAACCUCUGCGAUUGUCAAUUCAAUGACGUGAACGCCAAAGACAUGCAUUUGAAAGGUAGAAGGCAUCGUACGCAGUUUAAGAAGAAAGUAGAUCCGUCGCUGCAGGUCCCACCGAAAGGCGCAGUUGUUCGACGCAAUGUCGAUCAUUCGGCACAAAUGCCAUCGUGGGGUGGCCCAGCUCCAUUUCCGGAAUGGGGGCCGGGUUCAAUGGAGCAUGGACCAAUGUUCCAACAACCUGGCUUUUUCGCUCCUCCGGGAAAUAUCAAUUUUUCCAUCAACGACCGUGUGUGUUUGGCAAAAUGCGCGGAACUCACUCCAGGAGAUAAGGAAAUCAAUACGAUCUUGAAAGCAGUUGGCUCCGUGGAAAGAGGGCUGAAAACUGUUGCCGAUGCCGUGGCUGCCGAGGAUUCCAAACAAACGAGACCGCUGGACGCUGAGCGUACUAUCAAAUCUUUGAAACGAGUUGGCGAUUUGGCUAAUGGGUUGAUCAUGACCGGGGCCACGGAAGUAGAUCUGGUCUUAAUUUGCGGGGAAAAACCAACGAAAUCUUUGCUGGAAAAGAUAGUUCAGCUUUUAUCAAAAGAACUCAAGAAUCAGCAUUCGGAGGCAAGCCCUGAAGUAAUAUCCGAUGCAAAUUCUGGAUUCACGGUUGUCUAUCCUGGUCAGAUUCGCGUUCAAGUUGCAGUAACGUCUGCUCUUAUGCGGAGUGAUGCUGAAGCGUCGGACAAGGUGGACGGGACGGGUAGCGCAGGCAACGUAUCUGCCUCCGCUACCCCGACGGACCCUGCUGAUGUUCUUGAUAGAGAGAAAUGCCUGGAGGCUUUGGCCCAGCUUCGUCAUUCUAAAUGGUUUCAGGCUAGAUUGGCGCAAGCGCAGCAAGCAGAAGCUUCUAUUCGGAUUUUGAGGUAUUGGGCCCGGAAAGAUCCCAUUUGGGAACCCUUUAGUCCUUGGAUUAUUGAACUGUUUGUUCAUGAAGCUUUGGCGAGCAGUACGUUUCCAAUGCUGCCUGGUGACAUUUUCAAGUGA